AUGAAGCGGCUUUUUUUUUCCCUUUUCUCUCCCGAAGAAAACAUAGCCGCCUUUCUCCCGUCGCUUGAUCUUGCUUGGCCGGCGCGGUGGCUUCUACAGCGCCGUUGCCGUCCCGCCUUUGUUUCUUUUAUGCUUUGCUUUAAUGAUCAGGUUGUUCUCGGCAUCCUUUCUUGGGUUAUGGCUCCUCGAUCAAAUCGGUUCGGACUUAGGUGGAGAUCUCAGAUCUCGAUCAGGAUUUGGGUCCUUGUUGGUUGGAAUCGCCGGUUCUAUUGUGGUCUGUGGUUUUGGCGUCUCCGGACGCGACCGAUGAAGACCUUGGCGAGUUAG